AUGCAACUUCUUCAAGCCUUGGAUGAUGAAAAUGAGAGUAGUAAUGCCAUUGAUGAAGAACUCAAAAAGAACAAUCUGACUAGUGAAAUAGACUACACUUCGAGGGAAGAACGUGAACGGCCGCCACCAGAAAAACAUUCACAACUCCGGAUGUUGCAGUUGAAGCGUGACCUGUUGAUGGAGAGACUCCAGAGAGAGGAGUAUUUGAGCACACAAUUUGAAGACCUACUAGACAGACAUCAGGCAAUAUUAAAGAUCAUCAAAGAGAACCUGAAGAACAGAAUCAACUUGGAACACCACAUUUCGGCUGGCUACAAGGCCUCGGUAAAAGAUAGCUUGACAACUUAUGAUGAGAACGUGAAUAUACUCUCUGAACUCAGUUCUCAAUAUAAAGAUGAUUACAAUUCAACGGUAGAGGUAGUCAGAAAGGCUGCCGAACAAUACAACGAUCAACUUAACGAAAGCUCAUGA